AUGUCCGUAAGCUGUUUGGAUAAAGCCUACAGAAAAUUACUGCUAUCAAAAUACUUUACAAAAGGAUGGGGCAAACCUAACGACAUAUUAAAGCUAUUCGAGUUUAGAAAAAUAAUAUCCCACAGAGAAUCAUGCCAUAAGCUUGUAGACGCUGAUCAUCCUAUAACAAUUCUAACCAAAACCUCUUUGAAAGAUUGCAGUGUAUAUGAUGGUACAUUUCUUAGCCCCAUGGCGAAAUAUCUGCCCAGUAUGAUGUCCAAUAAGGUGAAGCAAGCCUAUUUUCAGUUGGUACUCCCUAAAGUGUGGCUGGAUGAUUUUAAGCCUGUUUGCAUACACCUGGCUGGAACUGGUGAUCAUUUUUUCUGGAGGCGUAGGAAUUUAAUGGCUAAACCUUUAUUAAAACAAGGUAUAGCUUCUGUGAUACUAGAAAAUCCUUUCUAUGGGUUACGCAAACCCACUAAUCAAGUUAGAUCUUCUUUGCAUUAUGUAAGCGAUAUUUUUAUCAUGGGCGGAUGUUGCAUAUUGGAGAGUAUAGCUUUAAUGCAUUGGUUGGAGGGACAAGGUUUUGGACCACUGGGUUUAACAGGGAUUUCUAUGGGGGGUCAUAUGGCCUCUCUAGCAGCCACAAACUGGCCAAAACCUAUUGUGCUCGUGCCGUGUUUGUCGUGGUCCACAGCGUCAUCAGUUUUCACAGAGGGUGUGAUGAGUGAGAGCAUCAAUUGGGAUAUGUUGCAAAGACAAUACGUUUCUAAUGAUAAGUACUAUGACGCUCUAGCUAAGCGAUGUAAUAUAGUCGACAAACCGUUCUGCCACCGGUUAAUGAAAGAAUUUAACGUAGACGAGAUUUGGGAAGACAAAGACAUCAAAACACCUUUUGACUUUCUGAACUUAAUGAACUCUUCCAUGACCAAUAUGCAAAAACACAAAGUGAGCAAACGCGAGGCGAAAAAGCGCGACAAAGAGGCGGUGUGGUUUAUGAGGGGCAUGAUGGACGAGUGCACUCACUUGAAGAACUUUUCUACGCCGGUGGACACCUCACUUAUAAUAGCUGUAUGUGCUAAAAUCGACGGUUACGUGCCCAGGGGCGGACUCUCGGAUUUGACGUCCUUGUGGCCCGGAGCUACGGUCAGAUAUAUCAAAGGGGGCCAUGUCGGGGCGUGCAUAUGGCACAGGAAAAUGUUCAUUAAAUGUAUCGAGGAGGCUUUCGAGAGGGCUAAGGUAAAGCUCGGGCCUCCGGUUGAGCAUUCUCCGUACGUCAUAACAGCUCUGUGUGGCGCCAAAUACUGCUACAGUCCCCCGUGGGUGGUAACCCUGGUUUUUUGGGUGGGCUACUUUAACAGCGCCCUAAACCCGCUCAUCUACGCCUACUUCAACAGGGAGUUCAGAGUGGCGUUCAAGAAAACGCUGCAGAGCUGUUGCCAGAUCACCUCCAAAUUGGUUUGCUGGAAAUGGAGGUCGCGCAGGGAUCAACCUGUCAACUACAGCACCGCUUCCAGCGAGAUGCAUGGCAACAACUAUUUGAGGCCGGAUUUGAGGGCUGAGGCCAUCGCACAGAGGUUUAGUCAUAAUAUUUCCGAAAAUGAGGUUAUCAACUUGCAGAGUGAGGUUGUCAUUUAAAAGGUUUUAUUAAAGGGACGAAAGGUAAGCUCAAUGUUUAAAAUUUUAGUCAGGAAUUUUUUUAUUUGAUUUUAUUCGUUUUAAUAAGAUUACGUCAAUUUUAAAGCUUCAUAUCAGUAGAAUUAAUAGUAUUAAAAUUACCAAGUACACUGAGAUACACAACAAGAGGCAUCAAUUCAAAAAUAGUACUGCUUCGUUAUUUAUUUCUAAUGUCUGUUUUAAAACUACAAAACCAAGUAUUUCAAAUUUGUUGGAUGUUGCAUUGCUACCUUAAAAUUUACCAUGACGCCUUUUUUUGUCUUACUCAGUGUUAUUGUCUUAAUGUGUAUUUUUACAUAUCUAUAAAAUAAAAAUGUGUUUUAAACAUAUCCUUUCACUGACUAAAGCAGUGUUACCAACUUUAAUUGCUAUAUGUAAAUAAAAUAUUUACUUUCAAAUGUAUGUAUACUUGUAAAUAAUAAAAAAAUAUAUUUACUAUAAAAUGUAUACUAAGAAGUAGUAUGAAAACUAGAUUAAAAAUUUAAAUAAGAACACCUCAAAAAGUAUUUUUAUUUGAUAUAUAAACAGGGUAACAAAACAUUGGAUUUGGUUA